AUGGAACCGUACGCCCAGACUGCCGAUAGCCUAGACGACAAUAUCGCCGAGCGGCUCAGCCAAUUGAGCACAGGAAAUCCAGGUUCGAACCCGUCUCGCCAUCCGCCAUCGUUAUCGUCAGUGUCCUCCCUAGACGAGCGGUACGACGGGCGGCGCAGAUUUCCGUCCGGUGGCGUGCCUGUGCCGCGCACCCCGGAUCUGCAAUGGUAUCCCGGCUCAGACGAUGUCUUCCGUACGCCAAACUACGAAGUCGGGCAGGUUCCUACAGCCGGUCCACCAGUGCAGUCGCCAAGGGUCCCCAUGUUCCAUCGCAAAGACUCGUACGGCUCUGAAAGGCGCCCGUCUCGGGGAUCGACAGCUGGCUACAGUUUGUACCCCGCAUCCAAGCCGCCUCCCGCUACCAAGCCACUGCCGCCCGUCCCGCAGCUUGCCAAGCAGACGUCCCGCCGCGUCUCGUCGCAGCUCUCCAUGGACGGCUCGGAUGUGGUAUCCGGCGACACAUCCCGCUACUCGCAAUCCUCACGAAGCACUGGCACGCUGGAUCGUGUGCCCACAUCCAGUAGCCUGGCCUCGCCAACGUCACCCUUUGCGUUAGCGCCGCCGCCGACCACGUUGCUCGAGGAAUUCCGCGCACAAUCGCAAGGGCAACCGCUAGAGGCCCAUAACAGUUCUUCCCGCGUCACCCUUGUCCCGUGGAAACAGCUUGAGUCUGAUGAGAAGAGUUCUAAAAACAAGGACCAGUCUGUCUACUUUUUUGACAUCUCAACCACGUCAGCUACUCUGGCCAGUAAGCAUGGCAAUAACAUUAUCAGGAUAUGGUCCGUCGGCAGCGGUGAGGUGCAAAACAACAUCAAAGUCUCAUGCUACACCACUGCUCAGCCCCGCUCUCGCGAGUACUUUGUGCGCAGCCACGCGAUCUUGUCGGAACCCUCCAACUUGAUCGCCAUUGCAACCGGGUUCGGUGAUUCGCUCGAGAUUUGGGACUGGGGCAGGAAGAAGAAACUUCAAACCAUCGAUGGCGCCGAGCGCUGGGCAGCCGUGCGCUCCAACAUUAUGGAAGCCGGCUGGUGCACGCUCGCCACCUACCACGGCGACAAAGACAAGCUCGACCUCUACGCGUCCACGCGCUCCUACAAGAAGCCCUUCAAGAAAUCCCAUACCAUUGACCUCGCCGCUUCCAACCUCCCCGUGCUGCCCAAGUAUCCCGAGCUUGCUUUUUCCGCGACUGGCCCGCUGCUCGUGACCGCAUCGGGCCCCCGGCCGCCCCGCGUCGGCCACCCGCCGCCAGAACGCGAAACCCUGCUCGUGGCAUGGGAGAUCCACGACUCUGCGCCCGCAAACACCCCCUACAAGGUGGUCGCUCCCUGGCAGCACUCCGAGCUCGACACUGCCCUGCCCUCGGGCUUGGCCACGUAUGGCAGCGUUGCCGUGUCCAUCUGGAUCCCCGCAGGCUAUCGCGCCGUGCCGGUCCCCGCCGCUCGCGGCGGCAGUGGCUACAAUCUCGCUCCAGUCCCCGUACCGUACCGCCAUGUGCUGGUCUGGGAUUUCUCGGCUGCCUCCACCAAGACGUUCUCUAUCCCUAAUUGCACGUCGUGCGUCUCGCCCGACUGCAGAUUCGUCGCUUACUGCGAUGCCCGCGGUGUGGAAAGUGGCGCGAGGGGAUGUCUUGCCGUGUUGGAUGCCAUGACCGGUAGGAUGCUGUGGUGCUGGCCGGAUCCGGACGCCGGGCCCGCCGAGAGCGGUUUGUUACCGCAAAAGAUGGGCCAGUUGGAGGAUUUGAGCAAGAUUACCGAGAUGUGCUUCUCGGCCGAUGGCGGCUUCUUGUUUAUUGACCAUAGGGUAGCCCUUAUCAAGCAGUCUUAUUUUGAGAGGGACGGAACAUACUUUAAAUCAAAAAGCAUGGCGAUGAAGAUGCUCAACAUCAGCACAAUCCUCACCAGCGACGAAGACCAAGUCCUCAACGGCAUCUGGAUCGGGCUCCUGAGUGUUGAGGCGCUCAUGGUCCUCGGCGUCGCGGUCCGCGGGCUGGUAGGGGCCGUGUCGUCGCGGUUCAUGACCCAUGAUCCGGCGCAUGCAAAGGGCUCGUCCUCGUCUUCUGUUGGGGAUAUCACUGGUAUUUGGUGA